AUGGAAGAAGGUCAAAAGGAGCCAGUUUCAUUUGCUUCUGAUGAUAGUCAGAGUACUUCACAAGAAGAAAUUCGAGAAGGUGAACAGAAAAAUGAAAGCCUGAACAUGAUUCUUGAUGCUUGGAAAGAUUCGUUUACUUUUGAAGAUCGGCGAUAUUCUUCUUCACAACAAAGCUUGCAUGAUACCAUCUUUGUUUGUUCUAUUACCACCAAAAUUGUAGGCCUCGGAGCUAUAGAAUUCAAUGACCACGAAUUGCUUGAAUUGGUACGUUAUCCACAAAGCCCUUUUGAAAAGUCAGCUAUUAAGGUUUUUAAUUCUAGUUCUGUGGAAGUGGGUUACCUUCAUAUUCCAGUUGCUAAGGUUUUAUCUCCUUUAGUCGAUCUUCAAAAAAUUAAUCUUGAAGGUGAGGUAACUAAUUCAAGAAAUCGAUAUGAUAGUUCUAUGCCUUGUCUAGUUAAAAUCUUUUCGAAGUCAGAUGAUACACAGAACGUUCAAAAUUGGAUUUUGCAGAAUAGUUUGUGUUUUUGUGAUCAACCUGGUCCAAGUUUCAGGGCAUACGAGGGCAUGGGGGUUCAAGAAAAGAAUAUGAUAAAAUUGGGGACUUUGGAGCCACCAAAGAAUGUGAUUAAAGCUAAACUUCUUGAUCAUCAAAAGGAGGGGCUGUGGUGGUUGGUGAGUAAAGAGAAGUCUGAUGAGCUGCCCCCUUUUUGGGAGGUGAAAGAUGGGUUGUAUCUGAAUCUUUUGACAAUGCAUCAAACAGAUAGGAAACCAGAGCCUUUGCAUGGUGGGAUUUUUGCUGAUGAUCAUGGAUUGGGAAAGACUCUAACUUUUCUUUCUUUGAUUUCUUUUGAUAAGGUUGGCACCCUUCCUGAAGCAACAGGUAAGAGGGAUAUGGUCAUGUCUGUUUCUAGUGGGAAGAAGAGGGGUGGCCUAGUGAGGGGAAAGGGCACCGGAGGACAAAAAACACAUACCCUUUUGGGUAACAAUACGAAAGAAAGUUCUUUGGGCAUGGCUGAUGAGUCUUCUAGUGCUUUGGUUACUAAGCAAACAUUAAUUGUGUGCCCUUCUGUUGUGUGUUCAACAUGGGAAAGCCAACUACAGGAACACACUCAUAAAGGAUCCCUCAAGCUAUACAAGUAUUAUGGAAACAGCAGGACGAAGGAUGUUGAGGAGCUUAAGAAAUAUGAUAUAGUGUUGACCACAUAUAGAACCUUGACUGCUGAGUGCUUUCGAAGCAAGCGGUGCCCUUUGAGGAAGAUCGAGUGGUGGCGAGUCAUUUUGGACGAGGCUCAUGUGAUUAAGAAUGCAAAUGCCAGGCAAAGUCGGGCAGUCACGAAAUUUACUGCUAGGAGGAGGUGGACUGUUACAGGAACACAUAUCCAGAAUGGAUUGUUUGAUUUAUUUUCCCUGAUGGCCUUUCUCCAGUUAGAUCCACUCUCUAUAAAACGCUACUGGCAAGGCCUGUUGCAGAGACCACUUGCUGAUGGGGAUGAGAACCUACUGCAGGUAUUGACAAUGGAAUAG